CACUUCUGCCUCCGCUUGUUUUCCAGUACCUUGACCAUGCGGCUCAACGCCCUCACCUCCCUUGCAGCCACCGCGGCCUGCAUCUUCGCCAGCCGGGCCGAGGCCGUCGCCGUCAACCCGCUACCCAAGCCACAGUCGAUCACCUGGGGCAGUUCCGGGGCGAAACAGGUCGAUGGCUAUCUCGUCUUCAAGGCCACUCCGGGCCAGGACCAGCUUGUUCGCGAUGCCUGGAACCGCGCCUCUGAUACUUUCAAUACUCUCAAAUGGAUCCCUGCUGCUACAGAAGCACCCAUCUCCUCAUUCGAACCAUUUCCUACUGCGGCCGCUAAGCGUGGCACUUCGCCUAUUCUCACCGACGUCAAUGUCAAGAUUUCUGAUCCCAAGGCCGAAUUGACCCACGGGGUUGAUGAGUCUUACACCCUAGACAUCACAGAGACCUCCCAAAUCAUCGAAAUUACCUCCAAGACUGUAUGGGGUGCCCUCCAUGCUUUCACCACCCUGCAGCAGAUUGUCAUUUCUAAUGGCAGAGGUGGACUCCUAGUGGAACAGCCCGUUUCGAUCAAGGACUCUCCGCUGUAUCCCUACCGCGGUGUCAUGGUUGAUACUGGACGCAACUAUAUCAGUCCUUCCAAGAUCAAGGAGCAGAUUGAUGGCCUGGCCUUGUCGAAGAUGAACAUCCUCCACUGGCAUCUUGCUGAUGCGCAGUCGUGGCCUGUCCAGAUGACCACCUACCCGGACAUGACGAAGGAUGCGUACUCGCCUCGCGAAAUCUACACUCACGGAAUCAUCAAAGAUGUUAUCGCUUACGCCAACGCUCGUGGCGUGCGCGUGAUGCCCGAAAUCGACAUGCCUGGCCACGCCUCUUCUGGCUGGAAGCAGGUUGAUCCCUCUAUUCUGGCUUGCACUGACUCCUGGUGGAGCAACGAUGUUUGGCCCCUGCACACCGCUGUGGAGCCGAACCCCGGUCAGCUCGACCCGCUCAACAACAAGACUUACGAGGUCAUUGGGAAGGUCUACAAGGAGCUUGCUGGCAUCUUCCCUGACUCUUUCUUCCAUGUUGGCGGUGAUGAGAUCCAACGUGGCUGCUACAACUUCAGCACGCUUGUUACCGACUGGUUUGCCGAAGAUGCUUCAAGGACCUACAACGAUCUGGUGCAGUACUGGGUCGAUCAUGCCGUUCCCGUGUACAACAAACAGGCCAAUAAGACUCUGGUCAUGUGGGAAGAUAUCUACAACUCGGCCGAGGGUGCUAAGAACGUUCCCAAGGACAUCAUUCUCCAGAGCUGGAACAACGGGAUUGGAAACAUCAAAAACCUUACCCGCGACGGCUACGAUGUCAUUGUUUCCUCUGCAGACUUCAUGUACCUCGACUGCGGCUUCGGCGGCUGGAUUGGCAAUGAUCCUCGCUACGAUGUCGAGGUGAAUCCCAAUGCCAACGACACCACCAUCCUCAACUUCAACUACGGUGGCGGCGGAGGAUCCUGGUGCGCUCCCUACAAGACAUGGCAGCGCAUCUACGACUACGAUUUCACCGAGGGUCUCACUGCAGAAGAAGCCAAGCAUGUCAUUGGCGCCGCUGCACCACUCUGGUCGGAGCAAGUCGACGACACGGUCAUCUCGUCCAAGAUGUGGCCUCGUGCCGCCGCACUCGCCGAGCUGACCUGGUCCGGAAACAAGGAUGCUGCCGGCAAGAAGCGGACGACUGAGCUCACCCAGCGCAUCCUGAACUUCCGCGAAUACCUCGUUGCAAACGGCAUUGGCGCAGCUCCUUUGAUGCCCAAGUACUGCCUACAGCACCCGCAUGCUUGCGACUUCUACCAAAACCAGACCGCCAUCCCCGAUCUGGAGGCGGCGGCGGCUUGAGCUUCUUAGCUCACUUUGGUUUCUCCUGUAAAUAAAUUUGCACACUGGAUGAGAUACGGGCGUACUGGGCGCUGAAGCAUUUGAUUGAGUUAGUCUGGAGGCAUGGCACUGCACAUACCCACAUAAUUGAUAGGA